AUGUUCCUUCGAUCUGGCAAGUUUCUCUGGCAGAGUGCCCAGAGCGUCACUCCUGAUGAAGCUUAUGUCAAUUACCUGAACUGUCGUCUGGAGGACGAUGGCUAUAGUCCUAUACAGGCUCUGGGAAAUACCCCUACAAAGAUUGAGUCUAAUACUUUUGUCAUUCAAAAGCGGUGCCGAAAUGUGGUUUACGCGAUGUUACAUCCAGUCGCGGGAUCACGGAUUACUGCCGCCGAGAUCUUGAGAUCCGAGUGGGCCCUCGGAGUUGCAGUUUGUGAAGUUGGGGAGAAGGGGCUCUGA